AUGUACGAAUCCUCUCAUCAUGAUUCAUGUCUUCAAAACAUCACUCCUGCCACCGCUUACCUGUGUCUGUCACCCCACCAUAAGUCAUCUACACUCUACUCCUUGGCUCGCAACUGCUGUGGCGCCGCGCUGCGAGCGAUUGAUAGAGAUUUAGCCUCGACAUCAAGUAGCUUCAAGGACAGGACGCUCAUAUCGAUAAUGUUUAUGGGCAUGAUUGAGGACAUUGAUCUUCAAGGAGUCAGUAAGAAACCAUGCCACAUGCUCGGUAUUGCCAGAAUUUACGAAGUCGUUGGUCAUCGACUGCUCAACAACAUCCACAAGAGGCAACUUGAUAGGUAG